AUGGCCGCAGUCUACGUCGAUCUUUCGCAUACUCUGGAGCCGAACGUACAGAUAUACCCUGGGGACCCUGCAUUUGCAUGCUGCCCUGUUCAGACGAUAGCGAAGGAUGGGAACAGCGUCCACAGCAUCUCCAUGGGCUCGCACACCGGCACACACGUUGACGCACCCAAUCAUUUCUGCCAGAAUGGGGCUCCCAUAGAUCAACUACCGCUCUCUACGUUCAUUGGAAAUGCCGUCGUCGUAGAUGUUACUCAGAAGUCUGCCAAAGCUAAAAUCUCCUGGGCGGAUCUUGCAGCAUACGAGGGGAUCAUUCGUCAGAAGGUCGCUCUCGACAUUGGUGCGUUCGUCCUGUUGCACACGGGGUGGUCCAAGCACUGGAAGUCGCAGAUGUACUACGAGCAUCCCUUCCUCGAGGCUGAAGCAGCGAAGAGGCUGUUAGAGCUCGGGGUGAAGGUGAUCGGAGUCGACGCCCUUAGUCCGGACGAGACUCGCGUGGAUGGCUCUAUUCCUGACUUCGCCGUCCAUGACCUCGUACUGGGCGCAGGUGCAGUAAUCGCGGAGAAUCUGACCAACCUAGAAGCUAUCCGAAAGGACGAUUGGCUUGUCAGUCUUGUCCCCCUGAAACUAGGCGGACUUGACGGGUCGCCAGUACGCGCGUUCGCAUGGAGUACAGCCGCACUAUCACCAUGAGGAAGCUCACGCAGUUAUACUUAGACCCACAACCCAGUAGCCUCCAUACCAACGCUCUAUCAAGCUCCGUGCAUCCUGGUCCGGCCGCUUGUCAUGCAAAUGUCAGACGACACACUAGGUCAGAGGCACGCCUGGCAAUGACGUCGACGACACACCGCACAUCCACGGAGCGCGCGCUCCGGAAUUCGACGCUCAAACCAUCUACUUAUACUUCGAACGCUUGCCACCGGCCAUCCUAGUCCAGCGGUGCAAUAUCCCUACCACACCCUCUAUCUCGGCCGUCUUCUCUCACGAAGAUCAUGCCCGACACAUCCCGUGCCAUCAUCGACCUUAGCCAUCCUCUCGUAUCGGGUCAAGUCCCCGCAUGCGUCGGCCACCCAUGCUUCAGCGCCUCCCUCAACUUCAGCCUAGCCAAGGGCGACUUUGCCAACGUCCACGCGCUCACCAUCGGCACGCACACGGGGACGCACCUGGAUGCGCCCUACCAUUUCUUCGAGAACGGCGCGACGGUUGACUGCCUCGACCUCACCCUCCUUGCUGCCGCACCAGCCGUUGUCGCCGACGUCCGCCAUCGGGGCGCGCACGAGCGCAUAAUCUGGGAGGACCUUAUGCCUGCAGCAGAGGAGGUCACGCGGUGCGGCGCUCGGGUCCUCCUCCUGUGCACGGGGUGGUCGCGCAACUGGACCAAGGCCAAUUAUAGCGACCACCCGUAUCUGGACGCCGAGGCUGUGAAGAGGGUCCUCGGAUUGGGUGUCAGGGUGAUUGGACUUGAUACGCUCAGUCCGGAUGAAGUCACACCCGAACGCGAGGGCGCCGACGUCCACCGGGCUGUACUGGGAAACGGGGGGAUUAUCGUGGAGAACUUGACGCGGCUGGAUACGUUGGUGGACAGCGGGUGGAAAUGCAUCACGGUGAGCUUGUUACCGCUCAACCUGGGUGGGUGCGACGGAAGCCCGUUGCGUGCGGUAGCUUGGGAUGGGACCGAAUGAUUUCGUGAUGGCAGUGGGCUUGUGAUAUGUUGCGUCGCUCUUGUGUGCGCUACCACACCGCGCGUGGCUUGUUCUCGAUCCUUGGAGGUUCCUUCAGUCUCUUUCGUUUGCCUCCUCAUCAGGAUUGUAAUGCCGUAUUCUUCAUGUUGUGUGUGAUAUUGUCAAGUAAUCAGUGUACAACAUCGAAACGUCCACGAUGAGCGGACAGAUUCUGGCAAGCUGCUUGGCCACCAUAACUAUCCAUAUCCGCUUGAGAAGACACUAUUCAUUAACCCGCACUGCGCAGGCUGAACGUUCUCGGGAGCAAUGUUCCACUCGGUACGAAGAUC